AUCGUCAAAUUGUCUAGCCUUAAAACUACCAGUACUUCAUUUCCUGUAGAGUAUUUUCUGUCUGACUACAUUAAUAAAGUGUUUCACCUGACCAGCACUCCCUACUCUCGAUUAUAAAACUGUGCCCCGCAGGCAAUAUCGAGAGAAAACCGGUCCGACCGGGCCACUCGAAGGCGACACCAGGGCAUUAUGAAAGCAUUAUGGCGAGGACGUAUCGUGUCGGAAAAGUCACAGUGCACCAAGACUCCGGUCAAACAGACUAACAGCGCUGUUGGGAAACGCCUUCCAUUACCAGGUAACGACGGACGCCCUCAUCUGUCCGCUGUGGCAUCUACGCAGGCGUGAUCGAGGUACAUGGAUCGCGUGUUAUUGGUUUGAACGUCGUCAUAAACCCUGUACGUCAACUGUGCGUGACCCACUUUUGGGACAGCACAUCUCGGCACGCGCGGGAAGGUUCGACUUGCAAUUUCCUUAGGUUUGUGCCCGAUGCCAAGCGCUGGAAGGACGUGCCAUGGGUCAUGUUUAAGACAGUAACUACGGAAUGCCCGACACAGCACCCGACUUUACCACGAUGGCGGGGGAACAGGUGGUAGAACCGGUCUGCAGCCCACGACCACCCCCGGAACUAUGCCGUUUGGACUCUUUCAACUCCGAGUUUGAGUCAGAGACAGACUCGCUGAACAACAGUUACGGCAGCGCCAUGUCCGGCAGCGGCAAUGGCAGCUGGGCCGCCUGGAACCUUCCAUUCAGAAGUCCCAGAAAAUCUGAGGACGAAGACGGGCCGAAGAAAAGGAGAUCGACCUUCUUGAGCAAAUGGCUUGACACAACAGGGGGAAAGCUGGAACUGCCCGAGGUAGGUGUACGGCUUGACGUUCCCAUGGGAGCCGUGCCCGAGGGCGAGACUAUACAGAUGUAUCUCGGCUUAAGUUGGCACAAGGACUACCGCCCAGUUUUAUCGGACUUGGCGGAGUCCCUCCUCAGCCCUACCGUAUACUUCGGACCUCACUUCGGCAAGCUGAACUUGCCAGCCACCCUCGUGUUCCCGCACUCAGCUCUUGUGGAAGAAGACGAGGAAGAGGAGGGAGGGUGGAAGUACAGAGUCUGUUAUAAUGAAGGCAUCAUCUUUAACACACGAGAGCCUGAGUGGUUUGAUACAGUGGAAGGUGAGGAAGAGAUCAGGCCUGGUGUGGAGCAGGAAACAGUAAGCAUACAUACAAGAGUUCCAGGCGCCUAUGUCCUGCUGGGAAGAGAGGCGAACGAUGAGAUCCUGAUCUGUAAGCGAGUGAAGAUCAUCGCGUAUCUUCACCUUAUCAGGGCCAAAGGCAUGGUCAAGGUCAAAGUGUACUGCACCGAUGACGUCCCGGGAGUCGUGCAGGUGUUAGAAAAGAAGGAAGCGACACGUGGAACGCUGGUUUCCAUGACAACCGCCGAUUCCGCCUUCUACAACGACGGGUCCGAGCUGCGCGUGCGCAUUAGGCACAACCUGAAACAUGUAGAAGAGCAUAACCCUACCAAACUGAAAAAGGUCAUCAGCUACAAGUCCAUCUGGCACCAGUCAUCUCCCUUCUGUAUCUUCAAGUUCACGGCCAAGGAACAGCUGGAGGUGGAACACCUGCGUCUGGACAUCCGGGCAUUCCAGCACGUAGACGAGGACGCCGACGAUUACGUCAAAAUGACGCUCAGGGUCCCGUCACAGGAUUCUGAUGAAGAGGGGACGGUGGUGGACGACGCCUCGCCUACUGCCAUGCUGUGUACUCCUGAUCCACUUCUCAUGGACAGUACAGUGACAAGACAGGGAGGAGAAGAAGGGAUGAAUGAUGAAGGAAGCCGCAGUGAAAGAGAAACAUCAGAGACAAAGUCUGUAACAGAGUCAUCAAACAACGUGGAACUCCAAACUACCACUAAAUCGGAAGACCUUACAACGACUGACGGAGACAGUGAACUUGUGGAUAUCACUUCCAUUUGUAAAGCGGUCGAAGGACUGAACAAACAGAUCAAGUUGGACGGACAGGAAACAGGGGACAACACGAAGGACUCUGACGGCCACUCCGAUAAUAGUAAGGACACUGGAUACGCUACCAACCCGGGCGCCAUGAGUCCAGAAUCCACCCAUAGUACGGACGAAAAUUUCAACAGGUCUUUCACGAGUAGCCUGACGGUGCAGGGUAUGGAGGGGGUCAGCUAUACCUCCCGGAUGGUGGAUGCUAGGGGCGCGGUGCUGCGGCUGCCCAGCUGCGGGGCAGAACUUCUCAUCCCACCGAAGGCGGUGCCCGAGGGCGAGCAGCUUCUCAUCCUGUUGUCUGUGAGCUGGGACACCUCGGAUCGUCCACGUCUUGAGUCCGCCCAGAGUCUGAUCGGACCCGUGGUGCUGUGUGGCCCGUCAGGCGUUCAGCUCCAGAAGCCCGCCACAUUAGUGUUCGAACACUGCGGACUCCUGAACAGUCAGAGCACACCGGCUGUUCUUGCCUGUGAGGACAUCUCCGUUCAAAACAAAUCAUGGCGUCUUCUCACACAUGACGCGGGAAACGACGACCAAAACGCCGUAAAUGUCCGGGCCUGCUUCCUGAAGAACAAGUGCAUCGUUCACAUGAGCAAAAUCCUGUCCUUUGCGCCGAUAGUGCGGGGGUCUGAACCGGGAAAGACCGUGAGGUUCGUGGCUUUUGGGCCGCAUUUAGGAUCAUUUGAAGAUGUCAACAUUCGAGUGUACUGUAUCAACGACACAGCGGAUGCUUUAGAGUGCAUACGCCAGCAGGAAGGCCAGGCCGGGCGGAGACAGUGUGGCGGCCUGUCCAUGAGCUGUAUGUACCCUGGUGAUAGCUGUUCUGUACAGGCACAGGACCCCGAUCCAGGGUGGGCCUUCCGGGGAUUAACCCAGCAGCAAGUGACGACGGAGUCGGUGUGGCGGACACAGUUUCCCGUGCGGACCUUCACCCUGUACCACACCGACCACAGGCUGAAGAACCUCCACUUCAGGAUGCACGCCUACCAGGAGCGGCGAACCGAGGCCACGGAGAACACGUCCUUCAAAAGCCGUUACCAAAGUUUUGUAAACCCCAGUCCGAGACGAAAAGUGGGUAAGACAGGUAGUCAGUACGAGACCAUAGCGUCUUGUUUCGGUAGUGAUGAUAAACUGACACCCCCUGUGGAUGGAAGCGUCCGGGUCAGUCCCACUGCUGUGGUGAGGGGGGUCGGUCUAACUUCCGUGGUGACGUGGCAGUAACACUAUACAAACCCUCCAACACCCCUGGCUGUGUUGACUGGAAAAGCCCUUACAGUGAAAGUGUACAUAAAACUGCCAAAGUUAAACCCUUCGAUAAG